CUUUCACAAUCUCCAUCACAAAUCCAAAAAAAAAAACUAUAACGGGAAAAAAUUCGAACGUUAAAGAAAACGACAGAUCGGAAAAAACCGCCGGAGAAAAUGUCUUGCACCGUCGCUCUUUCAAAUUCGCCGGUGUUCUCACCGUCUAGGGUUCCGGUGCCGGCUUCUCUUCGUUGUAAAGUUUCUAGUUCUUCAUCUUCUUCUUCACCUGAAACCCUUAACCUAACUCACUCUCCUUCAAAGACUUCAUCUUCUCCUUCUUCGCCGUCGUCGCCGUUACGGAUUCUUCGGCUUCAGAAACCUCCACCGAGUAACCUUAUUAGAGCUUCUAAUACUGAUUGUUCUACUUCUACGGUUUUGAAGAGGAAGAGACCGACUAGGUUGGAUCUUCCGGUAGCUUCGAUGAGUUUCGGGAAUUUUCCGGUGACUCCUGCUGGAGUAGCGGAUUUGGUUGAGGUUGAGGGUGAUGGAUAUUCUGUUUGCUGUAAAAGGGGGAGAAAAGGUGCAAUGGAGGAUCGUCACUCUGCAAUGGUUAAUCUUGAAGGAGAUUCCAAACAGGGUGUUUUUGGUAUAUUUGAUGGUCAUGGAGGAGUGAAAGCUGCAGAGUUUUCAGCAGAGAACUUGAAUAAGAACAUUAUGAAUGAACUAGGGAAGACAACAGAUGACAAAAUUGAAGUGGCAGUGAAAAACGGCUAUCUUAAAACAGAUACUGAAUUUCUCAGCCAAAAAGUUCGGGGUGGAUCAUGCUGCGUGACAGCGUUGAUCCAAAAGGGCAAUCUAGUUGUAUCCAAUGCUGGGGAUUGUCGUGCUGUUGUGAGCAGAGGAGGGCUUGCUGAGGCAUUGACCUCUGAUCACAGGCCUUCAAGGAAAGAUGAGAAGGAUAGAAUUGAGGCAUCGGGUGGCUAUGUAGAUUGUUGUCACGGUGUUUGGAGAAUUCAGGGAUCCCUCGCUGUGUCAAGAGGUAUUGGGGAUCAGUACCUUAAACAAUGGGUAACAGCAGAACCUGAGACAAAGAUUCUUGAACUCAAUCCUGAAUUGGAAUUCUUAGUCCUAGCAUCUGAUGGCUUAUGGGAUACCGUUAGCAACCAGGAAGCAGUAGAUAUUGCUCGGCCUUUGUGCACUGGCAUCAGUACACUGCAGCCAUUGUCCGCGUGUAGAAAGCUUAUUGAUCUCUCUGUUUCGCGAGGUUCACUUGAUGACAUAAGUGUGAUGAUAAUUCAACUGGGACAAUUCUGUUGACAGAUACCCAAUUUAGGUUAGGAAUUCUUUCUUUACUAACUCACAGACGAAUUGCUAGCCAGAGAUUUUUACUAGAAUAACAGUUAGAUAAAUUUACUAGUAUGAGGUUUUUAACUCUGUAAAUCAAAUUGUUAUGUGACUUCAGAUCAGUUGAAAUGAUGAGGAAAAUUCCUUUUUUAUCCAUUUGUUAA